CGGGGGCGGCGUGACGUCAAGGCGCGCCGUAGCUCGGGCGGCGUGACGCAGGCACGCAGAGGGAGAGCUGCAUUAUGAUUAUGCUACAUUAAACUCGAACAUUCUUUAUAUGCAACCUGAGCUGUUUCACGGAUUUUUGUGUGUCGUUAAAGAGGUAAUUGCUGGGAUGCUUUUUGACGUGGAUGGAAUGUUUUAUUGGCUGUAACGCAGCAGGAUGAAUAAAGGAAAGUUACUGUGACUAUCAGAGGGCACAAUGCAGAAUCCUUUAACUCUUUCUGAAGAUAAAUGGAAAUCCUCUUCUGGGAUAAUAAGAAGUGGAAAAGGUUUUCAGAAUAAAAGUCAGUUUAGGACAAUUGCACCAAAGAUGGUACCUAAAGUUAUAACAUCAGGGGUGGUGUCGUGUCUUCCACCUGUUCUUCCUGAACAAACUAAUCCUAUUUCAUCUGCAAGCUCUAAACCACUUAUAAUGCCAACACAAAACUAUACUCUAAUGCAAGUUGCUGGUCGUGAGGGAACUUUUUCUCUUGUAGCUUUACCACAUAUCACCCCUGCACUGGCAGCACAACGAAUCCAACAAUCAAAUGUGCCCCCUCCUGAAAACCUCAAGCUACCUAUUCCUAGGUAUCAAGCUGUAAAAAAUAAAUUGUUGAUUGACAAAAAAACAAUUCAAACCUCUUCUUCAAGUGCACAUGACAAGAUUCCCAGCAAGGUACAAAUUUCAUCACAGACACCAGCAAUGACUACUUCAACUGGAGAUCUUCCUGAAGCUCAUUCUACUACAGAUUCAUCUGAACAAGUUAUUUUAAUUGAUCAUGGUUCUACUGAAAUUACAGUUGCUACUUUACUCCGUGAAAACAACUGUGUAGAAUCUGGAUCUCCUUUAUUAAACAAAACCGAAACUGCUGAAGAUAGUAUUUCGGGACCAUCUGUCAUUAAGGAAUGUUUGUCCAAGCCAAUGAAUCCAAGUAAUCCUGUGAAAAUAAAUCUACAUUCCAUGAAAUCAACUAUUGAAGCCACAAAAGGCUCAGUCAUAACAUCUGAGAAACUUAAAGAAAAACUGGUGAAUUCUACAAAUUCUGUCACGGUCCUGUCACCGGCAAUAUUUGGCAAUGAAGUUCAAUUGACUCAGUCCGCACCAAAAGGAAAACUUCCUAUUUUGCCAUAUUCAAGAAUGAAAAAUGCAGUGUUCUGUAAAUCUAAACAAAAUUCUAACACUGUGGCUGCAUCUACUCCUGGGCGAAGACCUGAAUGUGAAAAAAUACCACCUUUGGUAAAAACCUUUAAUGUUUCUACCAGAGUUUAUGAUAAACUACUAGCGAUAUCUUUUGCACAAAUCUCCAAACAAGCCCCCCGUGAAAAUACCUUCAGUCCAGCCACUAAACUGGAUGUUGAUAAUCUAAAGAAAUUGAAUUGUGUCGCCUCUAAGAGAAGAGGCAGAAAACGAAGAACCCCAGAUGAUAUAUUGGCAUUUCAGACCAAAAGAAGAAAGUGCAUCAUUAGUAAAUUUAGAGAGGGUAAAGAGAGAGUAAAAGUUGAUCCCCAUGAAUCAAAAAACAGUAGGGCUGAGUCAGUUAAAAAAUACCGUAGUAUCAGACCAAAACCUGUAGUUAUGCAGGCUUUAGCUCCACUGACUUCUGCGGCUAUAAUAGAGACUCAGACUCCUGACUGCAUAGAACAAGACAUUUUCUUAAAUGAUACACUUCCAAAUAAAUAUUUAAGCUAUAAGCAGAGUGAUGUCACUUCUGCUAAACAAAGUGAUCUGUGUAGAAAUUUAUUUUCUGCUGUACCUAAGCCAUGGCAUAAGUGCCAUGUCUGUAACCACAACUUUCAAUUUAAACACCAUCUUCAGGACCACAUGAACACACACACAAAUAGACGGCCUUAUAGCUGUCGAAUUUGCCAGAAAGCAUAUGUUCAUUCAGGAAGCCUAAGCACUCACAUGAAGCUUCAUCACAAUGAAGGUAGACUCAAGAAACUUGUGUGUUGUGAGUUUUGUGCCAAAGUAUUUGGCCAUGCAAGAGUAUACUUUGGCCAUCUGAAGGAAGUACACAGGGUUGUUAUCAGCACCGAGCACUCCACAGGUGAACAGCAACUGCAAGAUGCUUUAAAGAAUAGAGACAUAAAUAUAAAAGGAGCAGAAGAAACAAUAGAGAGGGGAAAUAAAUGCAAUUUUGAAGAUUUAUUUCAGAGUCAAACAGAAGUCAAAUUACAGAUCAAAUGUGCCAGAUGCCAGUUUACUGCACAGUCUUUUGCUGAGAUGAAGUUUCAUUUGUUGUGUUUUCAUGGCGAGGAGCUCCCAGGAAGAAUAAAAGAAGGAAUUCUACAGGGAGGCAAGGGAGCUCAGGAAGAACUGAUCAAACAUGCAGCUCAUUUCUGGAAGCAGCGCAAAGAGAGACGAAAUCCAAUCAAACAUGGCACUUGUGAGGAAGAGUUCUAUGCUUUUCCAAAACUGAAAAGAGAAAUAUAUCUUCAUCAAAAUAAUUUUGAUACUUUAACUAAAAGUGAGGUUAUUCCAUCAGGUAACAGUGAACCAGGAAAGGAGUUGCAAAAUUUUGGCUGUGCCACACAAAAUAAAAAAAUUCAAAUUUGGUGUAAAGCUGAUUAUAACUGCAUCUUAUGCAAGCAGGUAUUUGGAAGAAAAGAGGGGCUUUUCAGUCAUUGGCAGAAUCAUCAUAAUUGUGAAGACCCCUCUGUUCUUUGGACUAUUUUUAAUUCAUUCUCCAAACAGGGAGUUAUUGAACUUUCUAAUAACGCUGAAAAAUGA